AUCCUGUGGCAUGGAAGGCAACGAGACGAACUCCUCGGAAUGAGCGAAGACGGUGUGGCGAAGACCGGGGCGUACUGAUGAAAUGGAAGGACGGAGGUGGUGGUGGCGGUUUCCGCUACUCCUCUUACUAUUUCUUUUCCUCCUCUUCCCACCUGAAGGCGUCACUAACAUUAUCUGACGAAGCUGAAGUUCUAGUGAUGUACGAAGGAUGCGGGAAAGCAGCCGGGAUAGGAGCGAUGCUUGCCUCGCCCACCACACAUCUUCUGAGGCUUCCCUGCCGCGAUGCCUCCGUGUCAUCCACAUCCACCAGCGCCAGCGUAUCGUCGCACUCCUUUCCCGUGGUGGUAAUCGCCUCUUGCUCUGUAAUCGACACAGUUAUCUCCAGCCUUGCCACUAACACCUCGGUUGAAGGAAGCCCCAUCUUACCAGUGCCCUCCACCGCCUGCCCAGCGGAGAGCCAAGUUAAGGUCUCCGCCGCCACUUUCGCCCUUCAUCCCAUUGAAAGAGUGCUAAAUAUCCUGCUGUCCUGGAUGACCUACCACUCCUGGAACACUCUGACUGUGUUGCACGAUAGAUUCCUCGACCAUGUUACCUUCGCCUUCUUCCUGAAGAGGCUGCUGGCGGAGACUGCUCAUCUUGGGACACGGCUUUCGUUCCGGGAAGUGCCCUCUGAUGCCUCCAACGAGACGGUGGCGGAGGUGGUGGCUACGAUAGUGGAUGCCUGGCGGAACCACGGUGCCAAUCGCGUCGCUGUUAUCGCCUCGGAGGAAACUGUUGUCCAUCUCUUGCAUAUGAUCCCUGGUUUCGAAGUUGAGGACGGUGAGAGUGACUGCGACUGGCUGAUCUUCGCCAGCACAGAGGCUAGCGUGCCGCAUAAGUACAAGCCAACCAACGGCCACAACGUGUUCUUCGUCGACACACCGGUGUACAUGACGCUUGAGGAACGAAGUCAGGCAGCCUGUGAGGAUGGCGAGGGAUUUUGCAGACACCUGUCGCGCCCCCUCAGCUCCCAGACGUGA